AUGGCCAUGGAAGAUGGAACUAUUAAUAUUGAAGAUAUGAAAGAUGGAACUAUUAAUAUUGAAGAUAUGGAAGAUGGAACUAUUAAUAUUGAAGAUACAGAUAGCGAAUUAGAUUCGGAGUGCACCCACAUGAUGCCAUCGCAGCGAAAAAUCAGCUCAGUGCAAGGUAUUGAUGUGGAGUUGGUUUGUGAUUUUAGAAUAGUAGUUCGUAAAGCUUUCGAAUUAAGCUCCAGGCACGUUGGAGGUAGAGAAGCAAUUAGCUACACCAAGUUAGACAAAGAUACAAUGAUAACUAAUAUUUUUUGGGCGGAUUCGAAAAUGAUAUCAGAUUAUGGCCAUUUUGGAGAUGUGGUUACAUUUGAUACAACGUACAAGCUUAUCCAAGGUAACAGGUCUUUGGGUGUUUUUCUUGGUUUGAACCAUCAUCGGCAGACAUGUGUGUUUGGUGCUGCUUUCAUGUAUGAUGAGACGACGGAUUCGUUUGCUUGGUUGUUUAAUACAUUCUUGAAUGCAAUGUCUUGUAAAGUGCCUAGGACAAUAUUAACUGACCAAGACGUAGCAAUGGCAAAAGCAUUAGCAGAAGUAAUGCCUAACACAAAUCACCAUCUGUGUACGUGGCACCUUAUGCUUAAUGCACAAAAGCAUAUCGGCAACAUGUCUGUUGGUGGGAAAGGUAUAAAAAGUGUGAUUUCCAAAUUAAUGUUUGACAUUGAGGAGCAUGAUGAGUUUUUACAGGAAUGGUCUUUGAUGGAAAAGGAAUUUGGUGUGGAGAAUAAUACAUGGUUGGCUAACUUGUUUCGUUUGAAACAUGUAUGGGCCAAGGCAUACGUAAAAAAUGUAUGGUCUGCUAGUAUGCGUACCACACAGCUAAAUAAAAGCUUCAACAGUGGGUUGAAACAGUAUUUGUCUAGACAAUAUGCACUUCCAAAUUUCUUCAAGCAUUUCGACACGUUGUUGUACGACAAAAGGUACACGAAGUAUGAAGCUGAAUAUGAUUUGGUCCAGAAGAUGCCUAGGAUGAAAGCAAGAUUUCCCAUAUUAGAUCACGUCAGACAUGUGUACACUGCUAACAUAUUUGAACUUUUUCAGGAACAAUUAUUAAUAGCUUGUAUGAGUCAGUAUAUCCUGAACUGCAAUGACAAUGGUAAUGGGGAAUAUGUGUAUGAAGUUGCGCUGUAUAAUCAGAAGGUGAUACGGCGAGUGAUACGGACACAUGACGACCAUUUGUCUUGUUCUUGUGGAAAGUUUAAAAUGGAGGGUGUCAUGUGCAGCCAUACUCUGCAAGUCCUUAGAGAUAAGAUGUGUGUGAGCAAAAUACCGAGCCGAUAUGUUUUGAAAAGAUGGACAAGAAAUGCGAAGGACGGCAGGAUGGAAGAAUUAAUUGGCACAGAUGUGUUGACAGAUCCUAGACUUGAGAUGAGACGCCGGCACAGAAUACUUUGUCGUCAGCUCACAGAAAUAUCUUCCAUUGUAUCUCUUAGCCACGACGGAUUCAAUAAUGUUUUGAUGCAACUUAGUAAUUUGAAGCAAAUUGCCGAAGGAUCAAUACCUAAUCCUACGGCUGCCACCAAAGACAUUGUGCAAAGCAUUCCAAUUUUGAAUCUGAAGGGGAUUGCCACCAAAGAUACAUUGAAAGGAAGAAGGCGUAGGUUCGUAUCUGUGUUGGAAAAAACCACUAGAAAGAAGAAAAAGACUAACAGCCGUAAUUUAGAGGGUACUGAAAUUCCAUCACACAUAUUCAUGUCCGAAGAAUUUGAUAAGGCAAGACCUUCAACACAAUCUCAGGAAUAUGAUAAUAGCCCCCGUGCAGCUUAUUUUGGUAAACCUAUGACUCCAUUAACUAACCUGUUUACAAGUGAACCAGUAAUGAUCCCAUCAGCAUAUGAAGAACCAUUGACGUUGAAACUGGUGUCUCAAGCUGAAUGGCAACCGGAACAGCUUAUUAAAUAUGAGGAGUUAACAAAUGCGAGGAGUGUAAUUGUUGCAGAGUGUAAACGAGCAGGUCUAGCCAUUCCAAGACCACGUUCACUCGAAAUGAAGCUGGCAGAUCUGAAAUCAGAUUCUGAUUUGUCGAAUUUUUCUGACCCAGGAGAUGACGACUUUGUUAUUCCACCUCCAAGAUAUGGUAAAAAGAAAUAA